UCAGUUUCUCCAGCUACAUAAUGUAAAAUAUUGGAUCUUAUUCUUUGUAUAGAGGGUACUCUGAAAAGAAAGGCAGAUGAUAAAAGUGACCAAUUUCAAGUGCCCAAGUAUUGAAGGUGUUUCUGGCCCUAGACCAGUCACUGACCUUUCCAUUCUCUUUCCUCAGAAACAUGGCUUCUUUCCCAGAGCUGAUUCAAAACCUUCAGGAAGAGCUCAUUUGCCCCAUCUGCAGAGACUACUUUGCAAACCCAGUGUCCAUUGAGUGUGGACACAGUUUUUGCCAUAGUUGCCUCAGCAGCAGCUGGCAGGAAGCCUCAAGCCCUUUCUCCUGUCCAGAGUGCAGGGUUGUCUCCCAGCUGAGGAUGAGGAAUCUCCAAGCCAAUUGGAGACUUGGGAAACUGGCAGCCAUUGCCAAAAACCUAAGACCUCAUACUAUCAAGAACCCUGGAUGCCAUGGCAAGUGUGAGAUACAUCAGAAGAUGAAGACACUGUUUUGUGAGGAUGACCAGAGCCCAAUCUGCCUGUCCUGUUCUGAGUCUCAGCAGCAUAAGGCUCAUCAACUGCAUUGUAUAGAUGAGGCUGCUGAGAACUUCAGGGAGAAACUCCAAGAAAAUGUGACAGAUUUUUGGAGGAAAACUGAAGAUGUUUUGAAACAGAUAUCUAAUGAGAAGAGGAAAGUGGCAUUAUUAGAGGAGGAAGUGAAGAUUCAAAAGCAAACUAUUACUUCUGAAUUCCAGAAAGUACAAAGGCUCUUGGAUGAGGAGAAACAUACGUAUCUAUCAAUUGUGCAGAGGCAGGGAAGGGCCAAUUUGAAAGGCCUGAAGAGGACAAUAAAGGAACUGUCCCAUCAGAGUCAGGAAUUAAGGAAGAGGAUGAGAGAGUCAGUGGAAGUGUGUAGGAAACCAGAUGUGGAUUUGCUCCAGGUUGUGAAAGGAGUGUUAAACAGGAAUGAAUCUGUGAUCCACAAGGAGAUAGAUAUGUUUCACAUAAACACAAUUGUUCAGCCUAUCCCUGGAAUUAUGGAAAUGCUUUUAAAAUUUAAAGUGGACAUCACUCUGGAUCGUGAAACAGCCAGUCCAGGUCUCACCAUCUCUGAAGAUCUGAAGAGUAUGAGAUAUGAAGGGGCACAGGAAGAAGUGCCCAACAACAGUGGGAGAUUCCAUUCUUUUGCCCAAGUUCUUGGUUCACAGUCCUUCAGCUCAAGCAGAUCCUACUGGGCAGUGGAGGUGCCAGGCAACACUGAAUGGUGUGUUGGCAUCUCCAAAGGACCAACUGUGACUGAAGACUUUUUUGUGCUGUGUCACAAAUGCUACAAUAUUUUUGCAGUAGGCAAUCACCUUUCUUCUGAACUUGUGAAAUACUGCCAGAAAUAUGAGUCCAGCCUAACAGUGGGCAUUUUCCUUGACUAUGAAUGUGGAGAGAUAUCAUUUUAUAAUGUUCAGAAAAGAUCUCUCAUUUUCUCUUUCCCAAUCACUUCCUUCUCAGGACCCUUCCUGCCUUUCUUCUGUCUUUCUAAGAAAGUCCUGACAGAUGAUUGCUCUCUCAUGAUCUGUUCCUAAUUGAGAGAUAUCAAGGAAUAUUAUCCAUCCCUGAGAUAGACUUCAGCCUAAUAUCACCUAUAUUUCAAGAGUUGUUUUUUCUAAUCAAAUAAAAUACUUUAUAAAAAAAUUUAAAACAUACAAAUAUGAAUUGUUGUGAUUGUCAAGUGAGAUGUAUGCCUUGCUUUGUUAUUUUUAUUAUGAUUCCCAUUGCCCAAUACAAUGCCUGGCACUCAGUAGAUGAUUAAUGAAUGCUUCUUGAUAUUUUUCCUGGGGCAAUGAGG